AUGGCGCAGAAGAGCAGGAGGCGCAGCCACACUCUGAGUAAGAGCAGGAACAUACACGCGCACGAGAGGGUACCCACCGACUGGACCAUGAUCCCGACGACGGUCGAGGAGAUGAACACGGGCUUCGCGGGCAUCCUGACCUCGAAGACGAACCUGAGGCAUAUCGAGGUGGUGUGCGGCAUCAUGGCCGACAUCAUGUGCCUGAUCGAGAUCGGCAUGGGGUACGAGAAGUCACCGGGGAACAGCAUCGACUACCUCUUCGAGGUCAUGCAGAUCGAGCAGCUCUACCCGGUCGCCACCACGGUCCUGACGGCGAACAUACACACGAUCAUCGACUGGCCCAUCCACAUCGCCAGGCUCACGACCACUCGGGCUGGGAGCAACGCGGUGAUCAUGACGAGGGUGUCUAUGGAGCCGAGCGAGGCCCUGCAGAUGAUGAACAUCACGGACAUAUUGGUGUCCAUCGUGGUGCCCAUGUCCAACCCCGUGACGAUGAUCAGCGUCAGUAACGCGGUGAGGAAGAGGGGGAUGGUCAUGGAGACCGCCUUGGUCUCUGACCCAGACAAGACCAUGGCCGCUGUUCAGACUGGAGCUCGACUGCCCGGCACGGCCUUGAUGGUGAACGCGAUGACGGACAUGAUCAGGCCCAUGAACUUGAAGAGGAUGUGCUUCGAUGGCAGGGUGAUGCACGCGUUCAGCACCACGCUCCCUGCGCAUACUCAGGAACAUCGAUGUGGCCGCGACCGUGGGCGUCGACGCGCACUGUACGACAACCCAAUCUGGAUCAUCAUUAUCAUCAUCAUCAUCAUCAUCAUCAUCAUCAUCAUCAUCAUCAUCAUCAUCAUCAUCAUCAUCAUCAUCAUCAUCAUCAUCAUCAUCAUCAUCAUCAUCAUCAUCUUGUCCCUGAAAAACGACAUCGUGGCGGGCCCUGAAGAGAUUGGCCACCGUGCUGCUUGGUCCUCGGGAAGCUGGACGACUUCGUGGGGGGGCACGAGAGCCUCUACGCGUUCACGCACACCAUAUGGCGCAACCUGCCGGACCCGCCCGACUGCGAGACGGUGUACCGUCACCAUCUGGAUGAUCAGCGCCGAGAACUACAGACGUCGACUACUCCUCGGAGCCCUGGGAGGGUACGAGCUGGGGCGCAACGCGUACGUGCACCUGUGGCCGGCGAUCGACAGGUUCAGAGCCAUGAUCGACACCAACAGCGCGUUCUGGCUCAUCGGAUCGAGGGGGGCUUCGGGCUACGCCGAGUUCAUGGACCUGCCUGGGCACCAUGCAGAGGUGUACGACCACCGAGCUGCGCGGGGACUACUGUCGUCCUACGACUUCAAGAGGACCAUGAUGAUACGCAAGAACACGUCCAUGAUCGACGUCGGCGGCAUGCACGCGCGUAAUGCUAGGAUAAUGAGGGAGAGGAUGGAGCGGAAGACCACGAUCAACGAGAACACGCCCACGCACGAGGAGCUGGACUAUCUCCCCGAGCAGGGGCAGAACUUUAGGAAACCAGACCCAGAAAGUCUGAAUUCCGGGGGUCGUCUUCUUUUUAACUUCCCGAACCUGUUCGUAUCUGAGGAAAAAACUAUGAACAUUGCUCCCUUUAUGUCCAUAUUCCAAAACUCCGCUACUAGCCCCUCAAAGCCAUCGAGGGUGUGUGUCCAGUGCAUUCUGGAACGCAUGGCCUGGCUGGGAUUGGCUGUGUGGCUCCUGUGGUUUCAACCUGAGAUGCCUCCGAGAGACACUGGCAGUUAA